ACGUGACCCAAAUACAUAUUGCGGCCAUUUUCGCGUGUGCAUUUUUCCAGAAUUCUCAAAAAAAUCGAACUAAAUUCGUUUAUUAAACAUAUUUCAUGUAAGUUGAACACUUAAUAGACUAGUUUUUGUAACGUUCUUUCGUUUUAUCUAAUGAAUGACGUGAUUGCUCCUUGAACUUUUGCACUUAAAAACCCUCGAUUGCCGAUUAAUGUGUCCAUGCGUAUGUUGCAAAUGUUUGCGUAUGUGUCCUUAGUUUUUGUUUUAAGUCAUAUAAAACAACUAUAGAUAUAUAUUCAGUUUUUUAAUAAUUUUCAAUUUUUUCAGAAAAUCAUAGUUACAGAAAUGUCCGAUAAUAGCAAGACUACGCAAAAGUUUGGUCCUGAAUGGAUGAGAAAGAUGACGGAUUGUCCAAAUACGACAACUAAUACUGGGGGAGGGCCUCCUGUAAGGUCAACGUCACCUCCAGCAUUUCCAGUUCAAUACAAGCGUGUUGAUCGUCGUUAUGGCAAAGAAGAGAUGCUCGAUUUAUAUGCGUGUAGUAUAUCGUCGAAUGAACUUCCAGAAGAUUUAAGCGAGUUUUCAUCCAUUCUUAAAGAGCAGCCUCAGGAGCCGCUCAACUAUAUUAGUAUUACGGAAGAGGAACAACGUUUAAUGUCGCCAUCAGUAAACAGUAAUUUGGCUUUGAGACUGAUGGGUCGACCGACAGCGCCUCCUAGCCGAGGUAGAGGAGCUGAAAGGGGUCGAGGGAGAGGCAGAGGCCGAGGUGAUAGUUCAUAUAAUCGAGAUGAUGACAAUAUUCCUGGUUUUCCGAGACCAAGACGAGGAGACUGGGAGAGUGAAGGAGAGAGAGCUGAAAGCAGAAAUGAACGCCCCUUUCCUGGAAGAGGAUACGAAGAGACAGGCACAAGUCCAGCUGCGGGUGGUGGCGGUAGUGGUGGUGGUAGCAGUGGAAGUGGUUCUCCAAGCAAAAGUUUAUAUCGUUCCAUGUCAAGUGAAGCAAGCGAUUGGAGGAGAAAAGAUGAUACAAAUGACAAUGACGAUUGGCGUAAAGGUGGUAGAUGGAAUUCCAGUUCAAGAGCCUGGCGAGAACCAAGAGAAUCGCGUUCACGAAACUCAGAGCAUGAUGGUUACCAGCGAUCUCGUAGCAGACCCGAAGGAAGAUAUGACGAGGAAGAAACACCAGAAUGGAUGAACGAUGAUGCCGAUGGAUCUGAUGGACAAGGAACUUUCGAUGCCAGUGGUGCCUUCAGAUCAGUUAAAGAGUUAAAUAAUGUAGAUAAACCCAAAGAAGAGAAUGUAGAAUCGAAAAAUUCUUCAGUAGAUGCUCAAAAGAAAUCCACAGAUAAUUCUAAUGCUAAUACUGAUGACACUAAGAAACUUGAAUUACAGAAUAAUAAUGGUGCUCAAAGUAGCUCGCCUGAAGUCAGACCUUCACAGCUACCACCUGUUACUACUGUACAUACUGCACAUAGAACUGUAGAUAAUGUAAACCAAAGUGCCAAAGCACCGUUGGUUGAACAUAGCGAAAUUCAACCAGCGGUAGAAACUGCUCAAGUAAAAACUGAGGACAUAUUGGAAGAUCAUGCGAGAGCAGCUGAAAACUUGAUUGCUAGUUUAAAUGUAGAUGAAAAAGAAGAAGUAGAUGUGGAUGCUGAUAAGUGGUUUUAUCGUGAUCCUCAAGGAAAAAUUCAGGGACCAUUUAAUGACAACGAGAUGUGGGAAUGGUAUUUAGCAGGUUACUUUACCAUGGACCUUCAGUUACGUAAGGGUCGUCUCGGUGCGUUUCGCACUUUGGGACAAGUUAUGAAGGCUAUGAACACAUACGUUCCUUUCGGACCACAAGACACAGCUCGCCCUCCACCAACACCCGAUCAAAUGGGAUCGUAUCCAACAGAGCAAUAUAAAUUAUACUUACUGCAUCAACAACAAAUUCAUCAAAAGGCUCAAAUAUGUCAAGUAAUGUUCAAUCUUGCUCAGCAGGAAAAUUACAAGUCUAUGUCUGCUGUUGAUUUGCAACACGUUGCUGCUCAAACAGUUCAAAAACAACAGCAACUCGCCGCUCAGCAACAAAUUUCAACUGUUUCCGAUCCUUCAAUUAUUCAUGCUUCAGGACCCAUUCCAUCCACCAUGAGAUCCUGGACUGCUGAUGGUCCAAUGCGACAACCAGGUAUUUGGGAGCCAGAAAUGGAAACUAGAGAUCCCAUACAAGCUCUUUUCCAAAAAGAAUACCAAAGACAGCGCAUGGAACAAGAAGUUGAAAGAAAGCGGCAAGAGGCCACGAUUAGAGAGAUUAGGGAAGCAGAAGAGAUGAUGAAGCAACAAAAAGAUGUCUUAAUGGAGCAUUAUCGGAGAGAGGAAGAAGAAAUGAGAAAACGUAAAGAAGCGUCUCGUUUAUUGGAAGAUCUAAGGAGAGAAGAAGGUGAGAGAAGACGAAUAGAAAAACUACGUGAAGAGCAAGAUUUAAAACAGCGAAUGAUUGAAACAGAAGAAUUAAGACGACGACAACAAUUAGAAGAACAGAAAAGACAAAGAGAAAUUGAAUUAGAAAUCCAAAGAAACGAAGAAAUAAGAAAAAGACAAGAAAGACAACAAGCCGAAGCUAGACGAAGACAUCACUUGCCAGCAAAUGCAACAUGGGGAGUUACCCAACCAACAACGUCAAAUGGUCCAAUGCCUUUAUCUCAAAUACAACAAUUGGAAGCUCAACAAAUGGAGGCUCAGCAAAUUGCCGAGAAUUAUCGCCAAUUAGAGGCUUCUGCAAAUCAAAGCGCAAAAACAUGGAGUGCUCCUUCUAAUGCACAACCUCAGAAAUUUCUUCAAAUACAACAAGAGCAAGAGAAUGAGCUAGCCUCAAAAACAUUACCAAGUCAAGUACCUCCAGUAUCAGUUCCGCAGAAUGCCGUGUGGGGUACAUCAACUCAAUGGGCCAGGACAGGUGCCUGGGCCAAAGCUCCAAACACUCCUGUUUUUGAACCGAUGCAACAAAUGUCAAGAAUGGAUAAAAUGGCUAAUAUUGACAGAAUUUUUGAGCCAGUAAUGAAAGAGAAUGUAGAUUUUAACGGGUGGUGCGAGCAGGCUUUAACGAGCAUCGAUUCCUCGGUAGACACUCGCACCUUUAUAUCACUGUUAAAGGAAUUGCAGACUUUAGAAGAUGUCCGCGAAAUAUGCACAAGUCAUUUUGGCCCCACUGAUGCUGUUGAGCGUUUCUGUAGAGAAUACGUGGCACGCAGAUCAUCAGCAGGCUUAGGUGAUUCUUAUCAUACUAGUGCUGCCAGUCAAUUAAAUGUGUCUCAACAAAGUUCUGAUGAAGCUAGUAAGAAGGUUAUUGCUAAUUCAGGAAAAUGGACCGUUCUAUUACGUCCGGCGGAGAGUACUUCAAAACUUCAAAGAGGACUGAACAAUAACAUUAGGCAAAGAAGAUAUUCUGAAAUCUUACGCCAAGUUCACAUUGAUUGCUACGUUACUCCGUGCAAGACAGAUGUUCAAGCUACAGUAGAACAUCUGCACCGCAAAAAUGUUAUUAUUUUUAAGACAAAGAGUCGACGAACAGAUAGAAUUGCAUUAGAUUGGAUGGAGAAGAGAAGAAAGAUCAUCAGUAGAUUAGAGAAAAAUGAUAAAAUCUCGCACCUUUUAGAAAAACCAAAAGAUAAGGCUAAUCGAACAUUAUCGGUUAGAAAUGUUAAAGAUGUUAAGGUUGUAGAAAGAACGAUUGAAGCGAAAAUUAACAGAACUGUUAAACUAUCAUCAUUUCGUCCAAAUAUUGUGAUGAAUGGGAACUUGAGUGAUUGUAAACAAACUAGAAAUCGGAUUUGCAAUUCAUCAUCCGCCAUAGAGAAGACACCGUUAAAAAUGUCUUACUUAGCAAGAUGGACAAAAUCCUUUUUCACUUGGAUUCGUUCGCUUUUCCCAUCAUAUUAUAAGAAUGAACGAACUACUAGAGAAUCCUAUGAUAUUGGAAGAAUUGAAGAGACUCUCUUAAAUGUCAUUUCAAAAUUAAAUGCCAGCAACAGGCUAAAGGGACAAAACUUUGAUCAAAAGAAUCUAUCUUCUAUCAUAAAAUCUAUAGAUUCCGAAUGGAGACUGUUGCAAUUGGCAGAUAAAAAGAGAUUUAAGCCUAUCAAACUACUGAUUAAUUCUCUUAAAAGUAAAAUGAUAAAAAUGGAUACUAAAGAGAAAAGAGAUAAGAUAGGAUCAUACUUAAAACCAAUCUUACUUUUUCCUUUAAAUAGUAACGAUUCAUUAGCAACUAGUCACUCCAUUGAUUCUAAUUAUCAUCAUACUAUAACUAUUUUAUGGGCAAAUAAGUCAAUCACGGUUGUGUUGGUAACACCCUGGGGCUAUUUAAAAGAGGUUUAUACAUCAAAAUUCGCCAAUCGUUCCGGUUGUCGAAUAAUCGUGACUGGUAAUAAUACAGCGUCAGAAAUUCGAAUUUUCUAUGGAAGCAGUUUGAACUUUAAUUUUGGCCCAAAUUGCAGUCGAGAAACUCAAAAUCUCAGAUAUCUGCAACGUAAAUGCAAAAAGAAAAUUGGUAAUAUUAUAUUUUAUGGAAAAUAUAGAUUAUCGAUUGGAGGAGGUGGCGGUUUUGUUGCUUCUCUUUUUGUCUUAUUUAAACAUAACAAGAUUGAUAUCCAAAGAGCAAAUUUGGAGUUUAAUAGCAUUCCUAAUAUUGGAGAUGAUCCUUCGUUACCAACUGAAAUUGAAAUACCAAAAAUUGUUUUUUCAAAGAGGAUAGGUAGAUCAGUAAAUCUUAGGAGACAUUUGCUAACUGGAGAAUGGAGUUAUUGGUUAGAAUGGAUGUCUUGUAACGUAAAAUGUGGAGCUGGUGAACGAAAACGUUAUAGGAAAUGUUCAAAUAGAAAUUCAAAUAGGGAAACAAAUAAAAUCCAUUGCGAAGGAGAAGAAUCUCAAACGAAAUUGUGCGUCGAACCGGCUUGUUAUCAAAACAAUAUUCAAACGCUAAUAUCAACUAGAAUAGGUAAUAACGUAACAUUAUCUUGUAAACAAAUAAGAAAGUCAGAUGACCGACAACUCUCUUGGAUUACGCCUACAAGAAGAUUGAUAAAGUCUACAUCAUACGAAUAUCGCAAUAAGUAUAAGCUGAUUGGUUUGAAUUUAACUGUAUUCAAAGUUGCAAAAUCUGAUGAAGGCCUAUACCAUUGUAUUAUUAUUAGGCGUAAUGGCAUCAUCGAUACAGCGGAUUCUUCUAUACAAACUGUCUCUAUAAAUACACGUUCAACAAUUUGCCAUUUAGCGCCUAACAUUUGUCGCAAUGAAGGUGUUUGCGUCAUUGAAAACGAUAAAAACGUUUGUAAAUGUACUAAAUAUUUUAAGGGAACGUUUUGCGAAAGAGGAGAAGAAUAUUGCAAAUAUUUACGGUACUAUGAGCAACCCAACUCUCAGGGAAAUCAAUUUGAAUACAAAGAUAAUGAAUUAUUAAAACAAGUCAAGCAAAUGCCUAACAAUGACCAAGAUGGUUCAUUUAAUAAUUUACCCAAGCCUACCCAUAUAUGGGAAUACGAUAAUAAUAGGAAUAAUCGAUUUAAUAAGAUUAAAACGGGGAAUACAAUUCAAGAUUUCUCUCCUUGUCCCGGUCAAUUUAAAACAAUAGCUUCUUCGCCAGAAUUAGCGUUAAAAAAUUAUGUAAACCUUGCAACUAAGCAACACGAACAAUCCACCUUUUCUAAAGCAAAUAGAAUCCCAGUUUACAGACACGAGCCAAACAAUAUUGGAAAUCAAAUGAUCGAAAGGCAACCCAAAAAGUUUAGGAGAAAUUUUAUGCUAAAAGGCCAAAAUCAAUUUGUAUCACGAAGAUUUUCAACGUCGACGGCUAUUGGUGAUAUGAAUCCACCAUUCAAUUCAACACUGGAUUAUCAUAACAAUCAUGAUAGAUAUGACACUGAGCUAGCGACUAUGUCUUUUAAUUCUGCCAAGACCGAUAUUGAUCAGGACGCUGUGGAAAUGUGCCAAAAAUUAUGCGAUAGUCUUAGAGGGAUCAAAGAAGAGUCAGAUUUAAGAUCUGUUGCGAGAAAGGCCCCGACGACAAAAAUUACUUUGAUCAAUAGUCCUCACUCAUUUCACCAAGAUAAAGAUACGAUACAAAAUGAUAAGAAGUCAUCUAUUCUUGACGCAGUAACCAGUCACUUGGGUUCAAUUUCAGAGAAUAGAUCCAAUUUUAAUCCUUUGAAACAUUUAGCAAACACUUCGCUGCCAAAAUUGAAUAGUGAUAUCAAUAGAAUAGAUACAUUAAAGGAAAAUAUGAAUGGUAAGACAGCCACUGAGUCAUCAGCUCGUGAUCGUUGGACAAAGAGUAAUUUAAGUAGGGAUAAUCAACAUAAUAAAAUAAAUAAUAUGGAAACUCAAACAAAAUUACGAAAGAAGGUCAUCUGUAAAAAAAUAAUAAGAGAGAAUAAAACUUGA